AUGAAGGCCUUUUACUCCGCUCUUACCUUCCUUUUCCUAUUCGGUGCCAGUUUGGCCAGUCCUCUAGAGGUUGCCGCAGAUUCUCCAGAAAGGACACAAGCCUGCUGCCCUACGACUCAGAGCGCCGAUCUUGCAAUAUCUUCGGAUGUAACUGUGAUGGCGGAUGCCGCUAAGCCCUAA